UUGUUUUAGCCGAAUUAUUGUUUUCUCCACGGAACACUGUUAGUGGGGGACACCGCAGGUAUAAACAUGGCAGCGUGUGUGAGGCGCUUUGGUAAAGUUUUCAUUGAACAACGAACACAUUUGUUUGCUAGUAGUGUCCAUUAUCCUCCAAAUGGUCUUCCAGCUGGCCCACACAAGCUUUCAAAUAGAUACUUUGCUGCUAUCAAACCUGCAAAGAAAGAGGUGGAACAAAAUAAAAAGGAAAAACAACGAAAGGCUAUAGAAGAGAAAAGAGCAGAUUUGACUCGGCACAAGCCAUAUGGACUGACUGCUUGGAUACCCACUGAUGAUGUGUAUUUGACAAAAUAUUAUCCAAAGCCAGUCUAUGAAAUUGAUGUAGCGAUACAGAAAUUAAAAAAGUUCCAGGAAUUAGAUUUCACUGACCCCAAGCAAUAUGUUUAUAUUAAUCUGAGGCUUGAUAUGAAGCUUGAAAAAAAAAAAAAAGUGGAUUCAUUUGUCAGUACCAUUAACUUGCCGCAUCCUUUGAAGGAAGAUCUCAACAAGGUGCUUGUGUUCACAGAGAAUCCUGAAGAAACUGAAGUUGCUGAGAAGAAUGGUGCGUCUUUUGUAGGAGGCGAAGAACUUGUCCAGAAGAUUUUGGAUGAUGAAAUAAGUGCUGAUUUUUAUAUAGCAGUUCCAGCGAUUCUUCCAAAAAUAAUGGGCCUAAAAAAUAAGCUACGGAAAGUGUUUCCUAAAAGUAAAAGAGGUUCAGUUGGGACAAACAUUCCCAAAAUGCUUGAGCAUUUUAAGACUUGUUCUGAAUACAUGGUGGAGAAUGAUUGUUACAUCAAAACAAAGAUUGGAAUGCUUGAUAUGGAAAAAGAUAAGAUAAUUGCUAACAUGAGUGCAAUCAUUAAAGAUGUGUGCUCACACAAACCAGCGAGUUACGGUCCAUUUAUUGAAAGAGGGAUCAUUUGCAGUGCAACAAGUGAGGCAUUAAGAUUUAAGGUGAACUAUUUUCUUCCAGAACAUGAGGAUGUAAAAGAGACAUGACUGAUGAAUAUACAUUGUAUUGUUAAAAAUGUUUAUAGUUCUGCCAAUGUAUUAAAUACAUUUUGAUUUAAUAAAACUGUAACAAGGUGCUUUAUUUAAAAUCUUCAAAAUGCAAUUGCUAGGGCCCUGAAUUGGACCAUGUAUGAUAUUCGCAUUAGUUUGGUUUUUCUGUCACAAAUACCUGCUAUUAGUCAAUAAAGUCUUAAUGCCAGCAUCUCUCUGCACAGCUUACUCCAUGACAAGUCUUUGUUUUAUAAUUGUUUAUUUAGUUUUAUGACAUCUGCUCUUCAACUAUGUCUGUUUGUGAGACCCUAAUGCUUUGUAAAACUAGUUUUACCGACAUUAACUCUAUGAAAUGGACCAUGUGGUGCUUAACCGUGUUUAAGUGUCUGGUCUUGUUUUCUCUUGACGUAAAGUUAUGAAUUGGGUUUUUAAUUGCUGUUGAUUUAGUUUUUAUUUAUAACUAUACUGUAGUCCCUCAGGUUCUUUUCCAUAAGGUUUUACAUGGGGUAGGCUGAAUUGUGUGUUUUAUUAAAUUAAAAGCAUACUGCAUUUUUAAAGCAUUCUGGUUUAUCAUA